UGUCAAAAUGUGAAGCUGACGAGAACCGUUAAACCCUAACCGGCCGACCGCUCCCUCUCUCCUCCUUCUCAGCGCUCCGUGCUUGCUGGUGACGAAGGUAUGACCGCUACAGCUCGCUAAGGAUGCUGGCCCGAUUCGUUUCCCAUCGCGUCCCCUUCCACUUCGUAGCCCUAACCACCGUAGCUUCCUCCCAUGUCCGCCGCGCCCCGUCCUCUCCCCCUCCUCUCCGGCCUCCGCCCACCUUUUUUGGUACUCUUACUCCUCUCCCUCUCCCUCCCUCCGAUCCCAAUUCCACUUUCUUUCCGUCUCUGAGGUCAUUCUCGAGCAAUCGAGGUGACGAUGACGAUGGCGACUGGAAGUUUACGCCGCAGUCCGACGAGGUCGGCUCCGUAUUCGGGGAGGAGGAGGGCGACCUUGCCGGGAUCGCUGAUGCCGCAGAGGGCGGAUCGGAGGCGGCCGCCGCCGGGGCCGACGUUAAGGGCGGGGAUCUGUGGGAAAAGGGUAUUGUGACGGAGGGUAAAGGGGAUAUUUUUUACGGCAUCGAUCGGGAGUUUGUGGCCAAGGAGGGCGGAGUAAGAGAAGGGAAUGAGGAAUGGGAGACGGCGGAGGGGUACAAGCCGUGGACGCUUGGUGACGAUGAUGAGAAAGGGGACUUGUUCGGUGUCGUCGAAGAAGGGGAGGCAGGGAUUGAGGGAAUCGAUGACGGUGGUGUCGAGGAUUUGGAUAAGGCAAGGGCUGAUGAGCAGAAGCAGCUGGAGAAGAAAGAGGAAGAACUUUUAGCUGCUUUGAAAGGUCCAAAUCGGGCAUUUGGAGAUCUCAUUGCAGCAUCAGGAAUCACGGAUGAUAUGAUUGACAGUUUGAUUCUCUUGAAGGAUGUAAGCGAUGUCAAGGGUUUGCCUCCCCUGACAGAAAUUGAGGACAAAGCUAUUGCAAGAUUAAAUGAGACAUCAACAAGAGUUGAAAUUGAGCGGAAGAAACAGGAGGAAGUAGCAAAAGCUCGGGUUAGAGUGGUGGAUGAGAAGGGGAGAGCUUAUGGAACAGGAAGACGAAAAUGUAGCAUAGCUCGUGUAUGGAUUCAACCUGGUGACGGCAAGUUCAUCGUCAAUGAAAAGCAAUUCGACGCUUACUUCUCAAUUCUUGAUCAUCGAGUACAACUUCUUCAGCCUUUCACUGUGACAAAAACUCUUGGUCUCUGGGAUGUAAAUUGCACCGUCCAAGGGGGUGGAGUUUCUGGUCAAGUUGGUGCCAUUCGCUUGGGAAUCAGCAGAGCCUUGCAAAACUGGGAACCAGGGCUCCGGCCUUUCCUAAAAGCUGCUGGCUAUUUGACGAGAGACCCACGUGUAGUCGAACGGAAGAAGCCUGGAAAGGCCAAAGCCAGGAAGAGCUUUCAAUGGGUCAAGCGAUAACAGGUUCUUGCACAUCUGCUGCUCUCAGCUAUUUGGUAUCGCUGGCCCCAGAGUGAUGUUAUACCUCUGCUUGUUUUGUAGCCUGUAGCCCAAGAGAUCUUACUACUUGCUCAUCCACUUGUGAUCAUAUAAUUAAUUUAUUUGAGCAACUGUAGGCAUCCAUCUAUCAAUCUUUUGCUUGUCAGCUUUUAUGUGGACCUUCUGUGUUUCAGAAUAAAGCGAACCAUCAAUUUUUCGAAGAGA